CAUGGGGCUCAAACUCAGGAACCAUGAGAUCAUGACCUGAGCCAAAAUCAAGAGUUGGAUGCUUAACCGACUGAGCCACCCAGGUGCCCCUGAAGUGUAAGUUUUAUAUGUUUUCUCUAAGUAUUGAAGUGGAUUCCGUCUUUGUCAUCUUAGAAUGUAGGCAGAACCUGAUGAUAUGGAAAUGAAGACUCAGAGUUUGUUGUAAUGAUACUCCUAAGUAUUUUCAUCCAAAGUAAAUGUUAACUUUAAUAUUGCUUUUAUUUUAUGGGAAUUAACCAAAGACUCUACUUCUCAAACUGGAGCACACAUAAUCCCAGGAUGCGCAAAAGCAUGACUGGUGGUAUUUGAAGCAGUAAUUGGCCAUCUUGGAUUCUCAGUUUUGCUCUUGGAUUUGGGAGAAUUUUUGCUUUUGUUUUUCUACUUAUGCUAAGUUGUAUGAAGUAUUAUAAGAUUAAAAACGAAUACUACUAUGUGUAUUCAUUGCUGUAUGCCUGUGACAAUGUCUGGCACCGAAUAGGCAUCUAUUAUUUGUUGAAUUGAGUGAAUUAUGCAAAAUUCUCCUGCAUUUUAAAGGUAAACCAUGGCAGUUCAAGGAAGUGUUUUAUUUGCCAUAUGCAGCUUUGAGUAAUGCCUCCAGAUUCUGCAUUACUUCAUAUUCUUCUGCCAGGAGAGGUGCCUUAGGAAAAAAGUGCACUGAUCUAAGGCAAACACCUCUAAAAGGUUACAUGAACAUUUCCUAUUUGAGGUAAAACCAGAAAGAGUGAUUAGUAACAUUUCUUAUGGAUGAAAGGAUGAGUUCAUUGAUUGUACUGUCACAAACUCCAAAGGUAUAUGUGUCAAGCGGCAAAGAGAUACAUUCUUGGAUUCUAGGAGAAAGGAGAGUGUGAGUUUUCAAUAUGUAUGUGCUAGCCCGUUGUUUGUGUUAUGGAGGUGCAAACAGAAAGCAGGUAAACCAUCUCAAGUAGCUCAUAGUGUUUUGUUUGUCUUUCAGAGAACAUAAAUGUCCAGCAACAAAGGUCAGACUGUUUCUAUUAUUUGGAAAGGCCCUUAACACUUGAGGAUCUGUUACUAAGGAUGUUUUCUAAAAAGAUAAAUAUUGAUGCUAUGGCCCUUGAAAAUGACAUUAAAGGAGAGUGUUAGGCACAUUCUCAAAGGACCAUUCUGUUCAGAAGACAAACUGGAUAGAGUGUGGAACCCCUGAAAAAGAGGACCCAAAACGGUACCUGAACAGCCAACCCCAGGACCUGUCAUUCCCUCUGUGAUAUCACAUCCCUAUGUGGUAUGAAGACCUCACCACUCACUCAACAGUGACAAAACUGAGGGGAAUAAUGGCAGGUAACUGAAAUAUGGAAGAUGCAGACUCAUUUUUAUUCAAAUUUAAAGGAUAUCAUUUUGGUCGUGAAGAACUUGAUAUUGGAUUUAUAGAAAAUUUAGAUGAUUUUGUAAUCAGAGAAAGUGAUGUCUUCAUUAUUACAUACCCCAAAUCUGGAACCAGCUGGUUUCAGCAGUUAUUAAGCUUGAUUUAUUUUGAAGAACAUCGCAAAGGCAUUGGGAAUCUGGAAACAGUUGAUCGAGUCCCCUUCUUCGAGUACAACUUUCGAAAAAUGGAUUUUGUUGAAAGACCAUCUCCUCGUCUCUUCGCUACCCACCUCCCAUACUACUUGGUUCCAAGGGGGCUGAAGAACAAAAAAGCAAAGAUUAUUUACAUAUACAGAAACCCUAAGGACGUUAUGUGCUCAUAUUUCCACUUUUCAAAGAAUGUGACAUUGCAAGUUACAAGUUCCUUUGAGGAAUUUAUGGAACAGUUUCUAGAAGGAAAAGUGGGAAGCCUUUGGUUUGACCACAUCAAAGGUUGGUAUGAGCACAAAAGCCUCUUCAACAUUCAGUUCUUGAUGUAUGAGGAGAUGAAGAAGGAUCUCAAAGGUUCUCUGUCAAAAGUCUGCAAGUUUUUGGGGAAAGAGUUGAGUGAGGAGGAAAUGGAUGCCAUUGUGAGACAGGCCACAUUUCAGAACAUGAAAUAUGACCCACGGGCAAAUUACAAGAAUAUAAUAAAGACCCGAUAUGGGUUAGAAGCUAAAGGUCAUUUCCUUCGCAAAGGUACCAUUGGAGACUGGAAAAAUCACAUGACUGUUGAGCAGAAUGAAAGGUUUGACAAGAUUUUCCAAAGGAAAAUGAAAGAUUUUCCCUUGAAGUUCAUCUGGGAUAUGAAUGAAGAAUAGAAUUUUAAGCAAUGCAAACUAUUUUAAGAAAGCACUUUCAGAAAUAAAUAUAUUGAAGUGUAUAAUUUCAUCUUUGACUAUCAUUGGCUCAUUAUUGACAAACCUCAGUGAUUAAUAAAUAUAUAUAUGUGCCUUUAUAUCAUUUUCCAUCUGUGCCCUGUUUUCCAUUUGCUGGAAUUCCUCAGUUACUGAUCAGGAGAGUAUUUCUUUCUUUGAUUUGGCAUAUGAUUAUGAAAUGGUUUUUGUUUUAUAUUCAGAAAUUCCAAAGCUCUUGAGCAAAACGCGGGUCAUAACAGGUGGUUGAUUUGACAUCUUAAAAUAGAUGAUUCCUAAUGUAUGAAAAACUACUUACGGGCUUUCUUGAUAUUUAAGAUUUUAAUUUUUAGGUAAUCAAAUAAGUCAACCUUUAAUUUUAUGAUUUCUAGGUUUUGUGUCUAACUUAGAAUAUUGCUACGACAAGUAUUUUCAUGUAUUCAUAAAGCUUAUCCUUAUUUAAUCUGAAUACUUAAUAUAUGCUGUAAGACCAGUAUCCUGUACUUUUCUAACAGAUAGCCAAUUGGCCCAAGGUCAUUUAUUUAAUAGCCACCAUUUUCCUAGUGAUUGAAAGAGACAUAAUCUUGUUUUAUACAAGUGUAUGUACAUGAGUUGACUUAUGCAAAGUGACAUAUUUUCUGAUGAUAUACUUUUCUUUUUCAUUACCAUGUCAUAAUUUCUAACAUAAGUUAAUAAACUGUCAUAAAGAGUUGUGUUGGAA